AUGACGAUUGGUGUCAUGAUGAUUCCCCAAGCAUUGGCCUAUGCAAAGAUAGCAACGAUCCCCGGGGAGUUUGGUCUCUAUUCUAGCUGGCUACCAGCUGCUAUUUACGUCUUCAUGGGAACUUCGAAAGGUGCGUACGACCAAUAUGCUCAGGUGUGUUCAUUCUCUAACAUUGAUGCAGACCUCUCCACCGGGCCAACUUCCAUCAUGGGCCUCCUUACCGCCGAGAUUAUCACGGAUCUCAAGACAGAAGGGUUUGCUGCCCAGGACAUCUCAUCAGCCGUCGCGUUGAUGGUCGGCAUAUACUCGCUGAUUGUUGGACUGCUCAAACUCGGCUUUAUCUUGGAAUACAUUUCAGUCCCUGUUCUUUCUGGAUUCCUGUCUGCAGCUGCUAUUACGAUUCUUUUGGGCCUGGUUGGCUCGCUUGUUGGCCUUAGCGAUGUUCCCUCCGGCACCUCGGCUAUCAUCAGUAACGUUCUGUCACGUAUCCCGGAGAUGGAGCCUCUUACUAUCGCUAUUGGAUUCAGUGGCAUUUUGAUGCUGUACAUUCUCGAAUUCAUUGGAAAGAAGUGGGGAAAGAAGAGCGCAAUAAUCAAAUUCGCCUGCAGUAGCCGAGCGGUCAUCCUAUUGCUCAUCUACACGACAAUCAGUUUCCUAGUCAACAAAGAUAGAGCAGACCCCUUGUGGGCUAUCAGCAAGGUUAAGGCCAACGGUCUUCAAGCGCCAAAGAUUCCUGCCGGAGACCUUGUGUCCAAGGUUACCACCAGAGCAAUCGCCCCUCUCGUAGCUUCAGCCCUCGAGCAUCUGGCCAUCGGAAAGGCUUUUGGCCGAAAGAACAACUACGCAAUCGACGAAAGCCAAGAGCUCUGUUAUCUCGGUAUCACAAACACAAUCAACAGCCUUUUUGGAGCAAUGAGCGUGGGCGGUGCCAUGUCAAGAACAGCUGUGAACUCAGAGUGUGGUGUCAAGAGUCCGCUCAGCGGCGCCUUUACCGCUGGGUUUAUUCUGCUUACCUUACUAAGACCCCCCCUAUUAGGGGGCUUAAUCAUGGCCGUUAUACACAUCAUUGGCCCUGUUUCCGUGUUUUACCGUUACUGGCGAAUUUCGUUCAUGGACUUUGUAGCUUCGAUGCUCUCUUUCUGGGUCACACUUUUUGUGUCUACAGAGAUGGGCAUUGCUUUUGCGGUGUUGUUCAGCAUAGGAUACACCUUGGUUCGAUCCGCAUUCCCGAAGGUCAAGACGUUCUCAGCUACAAGUGGCCAGAAUCGCACGAUUCAGCGAGAGCAGGCGGCUGUGUCUUCUGCUGCAGAAGAUACAUUCGUUCCCGAAGACGCCAUGCUGGUCAGUUUCACCGACUCGAUCUUCUUCCCAAACGCCGGCCGCAUCAAGAAGUCAGUGCUUGAGUCCGUUAAAGUACAGUUUGAACGACAAGAGGUUGGGGAUCAGUCACAGAGCAAAUCAGUCGAUAGGUCUUGGAGUGUGGCAUCGUCUAAACGCAUCGAAAUGUUGCGGAAGCGAGACAACGUCAUGCCCUCGAGCAAGCAGAUGGCUGUCAUGGUCUGGGACCUGACACAUGUCCCCUUUAUCGACGUAACCGGAGUACAGACACUUUCCGAGUUGAAGGAGGAAGCGAAACAGCAUGUAGGAAAACAGAUGUCACUUAGGCUGGUAGGCAUGAACAACAAAGCCCGCCGCAGAUUCUCUCGCGCAGGCUGGAAGAUUGUUCAAGACCGCGAGGUUGACGACUCAACUCCAGAGCACGUCGAUGUUGCGUAUGAGACCAUAGAGGCGGCUUUAUGGGAUAGAGACUUUGCAGUUAGGGACGAAAAGUCAGGACUCCAGGGAAGAGCAUACUACAGCCCCCGAGAAGGGUCUCCAUAG